AUGACCAUCCAGAUCGUACCCCUCGGCGCAGGACAGGACGUCGGCAGGAGUUGUAUCCUCGUCACCAUCGGAGGGAAAAACAUCAUGCUCGAUUGUGGCAUGCACAUGGGCUUCAACGACGAACGCAGGUUCCCUGACUUUUCGUACAUUUCAAAGACGGGCGACUUUACGGAGAUGCUGGACUGCGUGAUCAUCAGUCACUUUCACUUGGACCACUGCGGAGCCCUUCCCUUCUUUACAGAGAUGUGCGGAUACGACGGCAACAUCUACAUGACCCAUCCAACCAAGGCUAUCUGCCCCAUUCUACUCGAGGAUUACCGCAAGAUCACUGUCGAUAAAAAAGGCGAGCGCAACUUCUUCACCAGCCAAGACAUCAAGAAUUGUAUGAAGAAGGUCAUCCCCGUCAACCUCCACCAAACCAUCAUGGUUGACGAUGAUCUCGAGAUCUGCGCAUACUAUGCUGGACACGUCCUCGGUGCUGCCAUGUUCUACAUCCGAGUCGGCGAGGAGUCUCUGGUCUACACGGGCGACUACAACAUGACACCAGAUCGACAUCUCGGAAGUGCCUGGAUCGACAAGGUCAAGCCUGAUGUCCUCAUCACAGAAUCGACCUACGCCACCACUAUUCGAGACUCCAAGAGAUCGAGAGAGCGAGACUUUUUGAAGAAGGUCCACGAUUGUGUUGCCGGAGGAGGAAACGUCAUCAUCCCUGUCUUUGCCCUCGGUCGUGCUCAGGAACUCUGUAUUCUGAUCGAAACAUACUGGGAUCGCAUGGACCUCAGGGUACCCAUCUAUUUCUCGGCAGGACUCACGGAGAAGGCCAACCACUUUUAUCGCUUAUUCAUCAACUGGACCAACGAAAAGAUCAAGAGUACCUUUGUUCACCGCAACAUGUUCGACUUCAAGCACAUUCGUGCCUGGGAUCGUGCCUACAUUGACAACCCUGGACCUAUGGUCGUGUUUGCGACUCCAGGAAUGCUUCACAGCGGAACUUCGUUAGAGCUUUUCAAGAAGUGGGCUCCGGAUCCCAAGAACAUGGUCAUCAUGCCUGGUUUCUGUGUGGCGGGUACAAUCGGAUCCAGGGUCUUGGCAGGAGAGAAGCACAUCAAAACGGACUCGUUCACUACGAUUGACGUCAAUCUUCAGGUCAAGAAUCUGUCGUUCAGUGCCCACGCCGACGCCAAGGGAAUCAUGCAGCUCAUUCGACAGUGCGAUGCAAAAAAUGUGGUCUUGGUCCACGGCGAGAAGAGCUCGAUGGGUUUCCUCAAGUCCAGGAUCAUGACCGAGUUUGGCAUUCCUUGCUUUGACCCUGCGAAUGGAACGACUGUCAGCAUCGAGACCUCCCAUGUGAUCCCCAUCGAGAUGUCAGCUAGUCUACUCAAGCAACAUUUGAUCCGCCAGACUGAAACUCAGGACCCAGGAAUGACCACCUCCAGUAGCCCGGAGCACAGCAGCUCUGAUGACAACUCGGAGCAGUCGGAUAUCAAGACGCCAGCGGAAAUCCGACCCAGCGACAAGGUCUUGAUUCAAGGAAUGCUUGUUAUGGAUGAUGGCAAGCCCAUUCGUCUCGAAGAUGCUGACGAGGUUCUGGAGAAGGUUGGCAUGGCCAACCACAAGGUCCGUUUCGAGGUCCGGAAAGCAUACAACGCAACGGCUCUUCGUAGGGCAGUCGAGGAUGCAGAGUCGAAUGAGUUACAUCAAGGCAGCACAGCCAUGGAUACGGACAAGGACGAGAGCCAAGCUGGUGACUUGUAUCGGGAGUGGGAUUCGGAUAGGUUCGCAUUGAAACUUGUCCACAUUGCGCUGGAGAGAUCAAUUGGAAAGCAAAUCAAGGUCGUACGGGAGUUGGAGGAUGACUCGAUUGAGAUCCGCUCUGUCAAGAUCCGUGCCCCCACAGACAAGGACGAGUUUGAACGUGGCGGUUUGCUUGUCGGAUGGGACUACCGCGACGAGGACCUUGCUACACGCGUCCUGUCCAUCGUCACCCUCGCUCUUUCAGCCAACCGCUAA